CCUGGCAGCUAUAAUAUAGAACUAAAGGCAGACUCCUCUCACAAGCGUCUUGCUUUGCUACCAUUAAAAUCAGACCCUUUUUUUGUCUCUCGAUUGCUGUCUCACGACCAAACUCCGAUGUGUUCCGUUAUCAGCGACCUAAAGCCUGCCAUUCCAGCACCUGUCUUGCUAGGGAUCGGUGGAUAGUAUACGAUUCAGAAAGCAGACAAGGACAUAGGAGGAGAGAGAGCUCUAGAGACAGCCAGGGAUAGGCACAGAGAGCUUUGAAGUAAUUGGAUUCAAUGGACGAAAUGCUGCUGUUGACAAGAAUUCUCUUGGUGGGCUUCAUCUGCGCUCUUUUAGUCUCCUCUGGGCUGACUUGUGGACCAGGCAGGGGCAUUGGAAAAAGGAGACACCCCAAAAAGCUGACCCCUUUAGCCUAUAAGCAGUUUAUUCCCAAUGUGGCAGAGAAGACCCUAGGGGCCAGUGGAAGAUAUGAAGGGAAGAUCACAAGAAACUCCGAGAGAUUUAAAGAACUAACCCCAAAUUACAACCCUGACAUUAUUUUUAAGGAUGAAGAGAACACGGGAGCUGACAGACUGAUGACUCAGCGCUGCAAGGACAAGCUGAACGCCCUGGCGAUCUCGGUGAUGAACCAGUGGCCCGGGGUAAAGCUGCGGGUUACUGAGGGCUGGGAUGAGGACGGCCACCACUCCGAGGAGUCCUUGCACUACGAGGGCCGCGCCGUGGACAUCACCACCUCAGAUCGGGACCGCAGCAAGUACGGCAUGCUGGCCCGCCUGGCCGUCGAGGCCGGCUUCGACUGGGUCUACUACGAGUCCAAGGCACACAUCCACUGCUCCGUCAAAGCAGAAAACUCGGUGGCAGCCAAAUCUGGGGGCUGCUUCCCCGGCUCGGCCACGGUGCACCUGGAGCAAGGCGGUACCAAGCUGGUGAAGGACCUGAGACCCGGAGACAGGGUGCUGGUGGCCGACACCGAAGGCCGCCUGCUCUACAGCGACUUCCUCACCUUCCUCGACCGGGAGGAUGGCUCCCACAAGCUCUUCUACGUCAUCGAGACGCGGCAGCCCCGGGCCCGGUUGCUGCUGACGGCCGCCCACCUCCUCUUCGUGGCCCCCCAACACAACCAGUCGCAGGCGGAGACCCCCAGCAGCCGGGCGCUCUUCGCCAGCCGCGUGCGGCCGGGCCAGCGGGUCUUCGUGCUGGGCGAGGGCGGGCGGCAGCUCCUGCCCGCGGCCGUGCACAGCGUGUCGCUGCGGGAGGAGGCGUCGGGGGCCUACGCCCCGCUCACCGCCCAGGGCACCAUCCUCAUCAACCGCAUGCUGGCCUCCUGCUACGCCGUUGUGGAGGAGCACAGCUGGGCACACUGGGCCUUCGCCCCCUUCCGCCUGCUCCAGGGGAUGCUGGCCACCCUCUGCCCCUCCGGAGGGGGGUCCCCGAUGGGUGACCCCACGGCCCCCGGCAUCCACUGGUACUCUCGGCUCCUCUACCGCAUCGGCAGCUGGGUGCUGGAUAGUGACUCUCUGCACCCGCUGGGCAUGGUGGUGUCGUCCAGCUGAGAGCAUCCCGCGCCACCCUGGCCACCUGCCGGCCUCCGAGGGAGAGACAGAGACACGGAGAGACAGAGAGAGACAGAGUGAGAGACAGAGAGAGAGAGAAA